CUUGCUCCCUCCUGUCUUGAGACUCGGUCUAUCUCUCUUUUCUUUCUCUUUCUUACGACGUGACUACGAUCUAGAUGUGGCAAGACAACAGCGCUCCGUAUGGCGCGUCUUCUUCCCAAAGUCCCUACUACAGUCAGGCGCCUCCUCAGAAUGCUCCCCUCCAGUUCUACGCUCCCAGUACCGACCAAGGUGGCUUCUAUCCGGGCUCAAGACCAAGUCUAGAAGGAAGUAUGGGCGUCCAAGGCUCUAUGAACACGCAAGGCACUGGCUUUGGCGGUAACAUCCAGCAACCGGGAGGCUGGCUAUCCGCGUUUGGUACCGGUGGAUUCGAGGGCGAGCCACCACUAUUGGAAGAACUUGGGAUCAACUUCUCGCACAUCCGUGCAAAAUCUAUGACCGUGUUGAACCCUCUCAGUCGCGUCGAUGAGCGUAUCAUGGAUGACGCAGACUUGGCUGGUCCACUUUUGUUUUUCUUUUGCUUCGGAACACUUCUCCUUCUUUCCGGAAAACCUCAGUUUGGAUACAUUUAUGGUUUCGGGUUGUUGGGCUCGGCCUCAAUUUAUACGCUCCUAAACUUAAUGUCAGAGAAGGGGAUUGAUGCCUACAGAACAGUGUCAGUAUUGGGAUACUGCUUGCUACCAAUGGUAGGCGUCGGGGCAAUUAGCGUGGUCGUUACAUUGGACGGGAUGCUGGGUUAUCUGCUCUCUGUGCUAUCAAUAAUAUGGUGCACUUUCUCCGCGUCUGGCAUUUUUGUUGCGGUUUUGCGCAUGUCAGAUCAACGACUACUGGUCGCAUACCCCGUCGGCUUGUUGUACGGCUGCUUUGCCCUGCUUAGCGUCUUUAAUGUUGGCGCGGGAAUUAGUUCCAAGUAGACACAGAAGCACUAGCCACUAUUUAUCCGUACUACCCAUUUAAUCGCAAUGGCAUGAACCGAUAUCGAUGUUUUUCGGACUGU